UUUUCACCUGUCGAGUGGCGACGGCGGCUGCGACGGCAACGGUGAGUGUGAAUGUGGGAGUGACUCAGUGCGAGUGCGAGUCAGCUCAGUCGGGCCGACUGUUUGGCGCGCUGAGGUUGUAUGAACGCGUUCGCGUUGCCCGCUACGCUCCGACCCACGUGUGCCAAUACCAUACUAAUUGCCUCGUGAUAAGUGUAGACUUUUGACUGUCGAUAACAUUGUACCGAGGUGAUAUUCGAUUUUUUUUAUUCGUCACUCGAACCUUGCUCGAUUAUUUAUCGUCAGCAACAUUGAGUGGACAGUGUUUAGUGAUUUGGUGACUUUGAGCGAAUUGUUUUUAUCUGACAAACUGAGGAAUAUUACAGUAGCUGAAGACUGCCUUUGGAAAUACCUGAAAGGCUAGUGCGAUGUUACGGUGGGCGGAGGCGCUGCCGGUGUGAUGCUGGCUCCGCUGUCGCGCCGCGACCUGGACGCAGAGGCGCCGGUCGUCUGGCCAGCCUGGUGCUAUUCAGGUGAAGGCGGCGGCGGCGGCGGGACACGGCGAUGUGCGCGAGACGCGGCCUCUCCCGCGCAUGCGCACACGCCGGCGCCCGCGCCCGCGCCGCCCUCCAAUCCAGUGCUGCCCACCCUGCCCACGCCGCCCACACAGUCCAUGCAGCACGCGCAGUCUAUGCAGCACAUGCAGCACACGCAGCACACUCAGCCCGCACACGUCAAGAGCGAACGCCUCAGCCCUCACGACUCUACUGCUUCAAGGUCCCGUAGCGUGACGCCGUCGACGUCUUCGUACCCGGGCACGCCGCCGGAGCGUGGUAGCCCGCACGCCGCGCCGCAGCCCGGCCCGCACGCCGCGCACCCCGCGCACCCUGCGCACCCUCCCCGCAACUAUUCCGACAUCAUGCGCUCGCUCGCCGCACGGUACAACACGCAUCCCUCCAAUGAUUAUUUCCAUCGGAUCAAUGGCUUCGGCGUGGAAGCCCGAGCGGCGCCACCAUCGCCUGUUCAGUCGGAUGCAAGCGAAGUACCUCUCGGUGGCCUCUUUGACAAGCUCACAACACAACAAGGAGGACCGUUGAGACUGCCUGCAUUCCCUCCGAUGCUGGAUAUGAGCUCAACAAAGACGCUGUUGGCGAUAUCGCGAGUGGGUCGAAGCGGGCGGUCGCGGCGCAAGCGGCUGGUGGGCAACUCCGCAGAGCAUUCUCCCCUGGACCUGUCUGCGGCCAGCGAGAGCGCCGCCAAGCGCGCCCGCCUCUCCGCCAGCCCGAGCACGCGGAGCGACAGCGAUGACCGGGACAGGGUGUCUAAUGAAGAUCGUAGCGAGGCGCGGGGCGACUGCUUGUGUGCGGAGGCGCGUGCACGGCUGGCCGGCUGGUCAGUGGACGAUGUACACGACUUCGUCAGCUCUAUAGACAUCUGUGCGGAGUACGCCUCGAAUUUCCGUGAGCAAAGAAUCGACGGUGCAGGCCUGCCGCUCUUAACCGAAGAGCAUUUAACGGGCAUGCUCCAGAUGAAACUAGGUCCGGCGUUAAAGUUACGAGCGGUAGUGGCACGGAGAUUGGAACCUUGUGCCAUCUGCCAGCCUGCCACUGCCACCAGUACGACUGCCACCGUCACCCCUGCCACGACACCCAACACCACACCUAGGCUCAAUGGCGCCGCUCUCAAGCCGGAACCGAGGAGCAAUUCAACGAGUCCUAGCUAGAAACUAGAAGCUAGAUAACAAAUUUCGUAACAGCCCGUUUUAAAAUCGCUUGCGCACUUGCCCGCUCUAAGUAAAAUGAGGAAUGUGAGCGAUGCAUUUACGAAGUUGUUAGUAUAUUUCAUUGCAACACGACUGUUUCACACAGCCUCUUAUUUUUAAAAUCAAUGACACAUCACAUUAGUUUAGUUUUAAAACCUUUUUUUUAAU